CGAGGAAACAAGGGAAAAAUGGUGGUAGAAGAUACCCCAAAUUCUUCUAUUACUGACGAUCAGAUCAGUACCAGUAGUACAAACCCUAACCCCAGGGUUCGUGACUCCGACGAGGAUGAGCUCGAGGAGGGAGAGAUCGUCGGAGAAGAUGACUCAGCCACUUCGAAGGCAUCGUCCGCCGUCGUGCGUCAGCCUCACCCGCUUGAGAAUUCUUGGACCUUUUGGUUCGAUAACCCCUCUGCCAAGUCCAAGCAAGCAGCCUGGGGAAGUUCUAUGCGAAGCAUCUAUACCUUUAGUACUGUUGAGGAGUUUUGGAGUGUUUACAACAACAUACAUCAUCCAAGCAAGCUGGCUGUAGGAGCAGAUUUUUAUUGUUUCAAAGAGAAAAUUGAGCCAAAAUGGGAGGAUCCUAUUUGUGCUAAUGGAGGAAAAUGGACUGCCAUAUUUCCUAAAGGGAAAUCUGAUACUCGGUGGUUGUACACGUUGCUGGCAAUGAUUGGCGAACAAUUUGAUCAUGGAGAUGAAAUUUGUGGAGCAGUAGUAAAUGUUAGAAAAAAGGAAGAUAGAGUUUCUAUUUGGACCAAGAACGCUUCUAACGAAGCAGCUCAGGUAAGCAUUGGAAAACAGUGGAAGGAAUUUCUCGAUUAUAAUGAAACUAUUGGAUUUAUAUUUCAUGAGGACGCGAAGCAUGACAGGAAUGCCAAAAAUAAAUACACUGUAUGAACUAUAUGAUUUUUUUUUCCCCCGGUAACUACUGUAGAACAAUUUAUACUUUGUUCCAUGUGAGAACAUGUAGCUCAAAGUAAACGUGACGGCUUCACAAGUGCAGAAUUGGCGUUUUCCCUCAAAUCACAUUUUGCUUAUAAAUUGAAUCAGCCCUCAGGUUGAUUAUGGGAAA